GGUAUAAAAGGCAGUCCAUUCGCUCCCACGUUUGAAUCUCUGUCUUUGAAUUGCUCAAAUCUAGACUCUGAAACCAGAUUCCAAUUUCGGAGGAGAGAGGUCUCUCCACUUCGGAAGCUGUCACCGCUGCAAUGGCGCUCAUAUCUUUCUUCGGUAGACUGCUUUUCGUCUCUGUCUUCGCUCUCUCCGCCUAUCAAGAGUUCAAUGAAUUUGGAGUUGAUGGUGGGCCGGCAGCAAAGAGUUUGAAGCUGAAAUACGACGUUUUCUCCAAACAUGUCACAACCCAAACUGGAAUUCAAUUCCCUCAUGUAGAUAUGAAACAUUUGAUAUUGGGUGCUAUAAUCAUGAAAUCUCUCGGAAGCCUCCUAUUCGUCUUUGACAGCACUUUUGGAGCUGCGAUCCUGCUACUGCAUCAAGCAAUCGCAACUCCCAUCCUGUUCGAUUUCUACAACUACGAAGCUGACAAGAAAGAGUUUAAUCAGCUCUUUUUCAAGUUUACACAGGGCUUGGCAUUGCUUGGAGCUCUUCUCUUCUUCAUUGGCAUGAAGAACUCAUUGCAAAGGAGAUCUCCAAAGAAGAAGGCCACUAAAGCAAAAACCAAUUAGCUACUAGGAUUAACCCAUACUCAGCUUUACUUGGUUUGUCACAACCUUCUUUUUUUUCACAAGAUUAUCAUGGCUACAGCUUUGCAGUAUUUUUUAUCACAUCACUUCAACAGUGCUAUGUUUCAGUUUAAUCAACGAAAAUAUUAUUUUACGGGUUAA